UCUUUUGGUUCGCAAUAUGGUGCAAUUAAUUUAACGGUUGAACUUUUUUUUUAACCUUUUACGUCGUUCAGUUGAACCGGUGGUUAAGGUAAAAUUUUACUGAUACGUAUUUGUAAGGGCAGCCGUUUUGAGGUAGGUUGUUGUUGGACUAUUGUGGUGGUGUUGUGACCAUCUGAUAAUACUUUAGGUCAUUUUUGUGCGUUAUCCUUUUAAACCGUUAAAUCCGGAAACACGGAGCAAAAAUAAGAAGGACCAUCGGAAGUUGUUUACUCAGUUCGAACAAACGCGUUAAGAACCGAGUGAAAACGAGCUCAAAGGCUACACACUGGACCUUGCACUUGGGAGAUUGUAGACGUGUUUCUUCCUUCAAUGUCGUCAACAGGGACAACUUUAUAAUCAAGGAGUGACAUCAUUUGCAGACAUGAAUCCGUCCAACCCCUUCGGGAGGCCACAAGGUGGAGCAUUUCAGGCCCCAAACAACCCCAUGAAGACUGGCUUGUUCCAGUCAAUCGGACAGCAAAGUGCCAACAGUCAACCACAAACAAUGGAAGUAUUUCAGUCCUCUGCGUUUGGCCAGCCGUCAGGGUUGACUCCGCCCUCUUCACAUGGGAAUACCAUGUUCGGGCAGAACCCUGGAUUUUUGCAGCAACCUCCAGUGUUCGGACAGCCGUCAAUGGGAAAGGCCGCAGCAUUUGGUAGUAGCACAGCACCAGCCUUUGGUCAGACUGUGGGGCAGAACCAGAGUACAGUGUUUGGGCAGUCUGCUGCCUUUGAACAAGCACCAGUGUUUGGCCAGAAGACCCCAGAGUUUGGAGGGUUUGGACAGUCCCAGUUGCCCCCUACCUCCACCCCUGCCGUAAGACCGCCUCAGUCACAUGGUUUUGGGCAGCCUAUGUUUGGACAGCCAUCAACUACUGCUGUGACCAGUAUGUUCGGCGGUAACACAGUGACCCAGAGUAAAUCUUUUGCCACAUCCACGUUCAGUUUCAAACCAGCGAGUGAAGCCCUUUUUAAACCCAUCUUCAGUGCCAGCCCAGAACCUAAUAACCCUCAGACAACAUCUACGUCCAGCUCACCUUUUGGCAGCGGUGUAACUCAGAUGAGCUCUUCCUGUCCAACAAGCAGUGGUUUUGGGAUGCCAGGGUUUAGGUUCUCAAUUCCGGUUGCAGCGCCCUCUAGCUCUACAGCAAACAACCCAUUACCAGCUGGUAAUAACGGUGGUUCGACCAAUCCUGUACAGUUCACCUUUUCCCAGCCAGCUCCUCCGUCCAGCUCCAGCACCACCAACACAACCGCUACGCAGCCCACCACUCCAUCCUCCUUUAGCUUUUCACUCAAGGCCCCACAGGCCCAGACGCUGUCACUCACUGAAGGAUCCGGUUUAGUUCAGCGGCCUGCUUUUGGAGACAAAGGACAGGCAGACGCUAACACGGACGAGAAAAGGAGUCAUUUUGAAGCCCUGGAGGAAACAAACGUGUUUGCCAGACUGGGUAAGGGCGUGAAGCGGAAGGAGGAGCCGUUUGUUUUCAGCAGCAGCCAAGAGAAGCCUGUGUCAGAGGAUGUUCCAGUAGAGGCAGAGUCAUCAAGACACCCUCCAAAGAGACCCUUAAUGAGGUCCCACCAUCCACCAGGGGGCAUAUUUGGAAGAGCAGUCAGUGGUCUUCGUAAAGAUAGCACUCAUCUUGGAAAGCGAGAGGUCGCAAAGGAGACCCAGCAUCAGGCGCCCAAAUGGGAGGAGGCAAAGGGGGAAGAUGCUCAAAGUCAAGAUGACAACACAACAGCUCCACUGGCCACAGCUUUUGUCACUAAAGAAACACUGGACAAAGACACAGAGUCAGUGAAUGAGGUGGACCCGGAGCUUGGGGCCGUAACUCCCGUGAAACACGAGAGACGCGAGAGUUCAGAGAGCCUCAGCAACGCGUCCUUCACAGACUGCACUGUCCUCCAGUGUAGGAAAAUUCCUCAGAGCCUCAACAAAAAGAACAUUAUCGAGAAGCACUUUUCUCGUUACGGCAGAGUCUCGAAAGUGAUCUGCCGACCUGCCAAGAACCUGGCUUUUGUUCACUUCAACGACCAUGCGUCUGCUGCAAAGGCCAAGAAAAAAGGCAAAAUCCUGCAUCAACAUGAAAUCUUCCUGCUGUGGCAGAGAAAGAAACAGAGUCCAGAGGAGAAAACCAGCAGAUUUGCAGCAGCAGCAGCAGAAGAAGAACCAGCUGGAGACGGUCCAGAGGACACGGAGUCUGGGGCUGCAUCCCUCAGACGGAGUUUAUUCAGGGCUCCAGGGGGCAGCAGCACUACGGCCGUUAGCCACAGCUCCCCAGUGAAGAGAAUGGCAUCAGCAAAGUCUCUGCAGUAUACCACUGAACCCCAGAGGGAGACUGGCACUGACCCCCAGACCUCAGAGCGCCCGGUCCCCUCCUCCCUGGCUCACCUGAUUGGACAAGUGGCAGAGACAGCAGAGGACAAGUACCGCCUGCUGGAACAGAGAGACAAGGUCCUCCGUCAAGGUCGGCCCAAACGCACAGACCUGAAUCUGUCCAAAGUGUUUGUCGGAACCUGUCCUGACAUGUGUCCGGAGAAGGAGAGGUACAUGAGAGAGACACGGAACCAGCUGAGCGUCUUUGAGGUCGUCCCAGACACAGAAAUGGUGGAUCAUACUGCAGCCAUCAAGGAAUACAGUCGCUCGUCAGCCGACCAGGAGGAGCCCCUGCCCCACGAUUUGCGCCCCCUCUCUGUCCUCAGCAUGACCAUGGACUACCUGGUGACACAGAUCAUGAACCAGGACCACGAAAACCAACGCGACUGGUACGACUUUGUGUGGAACAGGACCCGUGGUAUUCGUAAGGACAUCACCCAGCAGCGCCUGUGCUGCCCCCACACCGUGUCGCUCAUAGAGAAGUGCACGCGCUUCCACGUGCACUGUGCACACCACCUGUGCGAGGAGCAGCUGUCGUCGUUUGACGCCAAGAUCAACAACGAGAACAUGACCAAGUGCCUGCAGAGUCUGAAAGAAAUGUACCAGGACUUGGCUACACAUCAAAUCUACUGCCCCAAAGAGGCCGAGUUCCGCCAGUACAGUGUGCUGCUGAGGCUCAACGACGGUGACAUUCUGCGUGAAGUUCAGCAGUUCCGUGACGAGGUCAGAAACUCGGCGGAGGUGAAGUUUGCAGUUCAGGCCUUCGCGUCGGUCAACAGCAACAACUUUGUUCGCUUCUUCAAGCUGGUGAAAGGAGCCUCGUACUUGGCCAGCUGCCUGCUGCACCGAUACUUCAAUCAGGUCAGAACCAAGGCCCUGAAGUGUCUCAACAUCGCCCACACCGUGGGAACGCGGUCGACGGCGUUUCCUCUCGAGGACAUCACUCGGAUGUUCAUGUUCCGCAGCUCGGCUGAAACCACAGAAUUCAUCCAUCAGUACGGCCUUAACGUCAGCGACGGUAUGGUGGAGUUGAAUCGCACGAACUACCAGGAACCUGAACUGCUGUCACAGAAGAAGUCCGACGUCAUCCUUUCCAAGAAAACUGUGUUGACCGGGGAGGUGGUGAACGGAGGCCCCCUCCCCAACCCUCCGCAGCACGUCCCCGUCUGCAGCUUUGACUCCAAGAACAAGUACUGUGGAGAGGUCCCUCAUGUUGAGCCCACUACCACUGUGACCGCCAAAGUGGAAGUGAACAUGCCCACCAGGGUGGAGCCAUUGUCCAAAGGUGGUGCCAGUCUGGGCUCCAUGGAGGAGCCGAGUCCACCUCCAGCUGAAGAUCUUCACCGCCCGUCGUUCACACCUGACUCUCAGCCAGCCUUCCAGCUGAUGCAUCAACCUGUCAAACUGCCCUCACCUCCUCCUCCCGCACCCCCACCUCCUGUCUACAGUGAUGAGGAAAUAAAGUCUGAACUGGACUCUGUCAUCGAGGAGGUGGUCAGAACAGCGCUGAUGGAGAUAGCAGACGUUGGAGUCACCUACGUCAAAACAGCUCUCGAGGAGAGCAGUGUGCAGGUGGAGUCCCUGGUGACGGAGGUGCUGGGUCAGAUGCUGCAGGAGGUUUCCUCGGAAGAGUUCAAGGCCGAAGAGCGCAUAGCCUUGGAAAAAUACAGGCUGGAACAAGCCAGGAUACAGCAGGAGCACAAGACUCUGCUGUCUGAGCUCAGCGUCUCUCUCUGCGCGGAGAUCCUCAACGAGGUCACGGACGACUUUGUCAACCAAACGUCCACUGCUGAGAUUCAACACGCAGUGAAUGAGAAGGCGGAGCGCGUGGCCAAAUGCACGGAGCAGGUCUGCAGCCGGCUGGUCGAGGACACGCUGAACGCAGAUAUUACUCUGAUAGUCGAAGAAACUCUCGAUGCAGAACUUCAGAGAAUCCAGAAGUACAUCAAAAGGUGGCGUGAUGUCGUCGCAGUCCGCCGUCACCUGAAGAGACAGAUGAGAGGUUUCCCUGCAGCUCCGUGUGGUGUGGACCCACGGUUUAAACUCAAAGCUUUCUCUCCCAGCGCGCAGCCUUCAGUAGCGGAGCUGAGCCGUGGUGUGGUCAACCUGGGGAACGCAGGCACCUUGGGCCUCUCGACCAUCAGGUCGUUGAACAUGAAAGAAGAAGUCAUGCAGCAGUUGAGAGUCCACUACUUCAACCAGCUGCUGCUGGAUGAGAUGGUGUGGACGCCGCUCCACCUGCCUACACUGGUCACACGGAGCAUCCCUGACCCGCCUGACAGAAUCUUCUGGAAGCUCACUCUCCUCCUACCCAGCAACCAGGAGAACACGACCAGCCCUGCAGACAAGAUCCUAUCAGAGUGGCUGGAGGUGAAACUGGGAGGUGAGGGGUCAGAGGUCAGGAAGGAGCAGUCAGACGGGAUGUUGAAGACCCUGUUCACCAUGAACACACAGCAGGAGAGAGGACCGCACACCCACGGAGUCCACAUCAGUGUCAAGUCGUGUCGAGGUCCGCUGAGCGAAGGCGGUCUCUCGGACGCCGAGAAGAACUCGGAGCUCAACGGGACCGGAGCUCUGAUGAUGCUGCUUCCUGUGAUGUCGAUCGUUGACCGCGAGGACGACGUGUUCCUGCUGUCGGCUCUGCUUCAGCUCAGACAGCUGCAGCAGGCCAGCACCUGGCACUGCCCGCUGCCGCUGGUCAUCCUGGUGCCCGGUUCUGUCGAUGGUGCCGAAGACCAACGGAAACUGGAGGAAGCUCUGAUGCUUCAAGCGCUGGUCCAGGAGGACCUGAUCCUGGAGUACAAGUUCUUCUUCAUACCAGAGACCACGGGUGACAUGCAAGGAUCUAAACAGCUCAUCUGUGCUCUGGACUGGCUCCUGGCCCGCGCCCCGCCGACGCUCCCACUCUCCUGCCAGUCACUGGUGGACCUGGUGGAGGCGACUGUGAGUCAGGAGUUCACUGCCAGGGUUCACAACCACUGCCGGGAGUUUGCCCCCUCAGGUCUUCACUUCCAGGACCCCACUGCCAUCAUCCUGCUGUAUAACGCCGUCCUGGCUCACGUUGCCGACGCGGUGUCAUCCGAGGAUCUCCUCAAACUGUCAUGGCCGCCGGGCGAGCUGUGCCUCCCCGAGAACCGACAGGUUAUUCCUCCUCUGGGCUUUAACUCCCCUCAGCACCUCACCUGGCUCCGUGAGGCCGUCCUCAGCCUGCAGCUGCCCCAGUUGGGGCAACUCUCUGCUGCUGACACCUGGUCCGAGCUCUGCUUGUCCGUCUACAGCUUCGCUGCUCAGAUCCCAGUCUCCAGCCACAGUCAGCCGUUACUGAUGUCGCGACUAGAAAACCUCUUGGAAAAUGCCAGACUGAAGCAGCAGUUCACCAAGACCCACAGAUCUGGAAGAAGCUGGAUUGGUGCGGAGGAAGAGAUGGAGUGUCCGUCUGACAGCCUGGUGCCCUGGGAAGACGUGCUGAUCAUCUGUAUUGAUCACAAACUGAAGGACUGGCAGAUACCAAGACCAGCCGUCUGUAGAGAGGACGGGGAGAUCCUGGUUUACUUUUCUGCAGAGUCACUGAAAGGUUUCCAGCCACCAGAGGAGUGGAGGCUGGCGGUCCGACAGAAACACAGAGAGAGAGAGCAGAAACAGGAGGAAGAGAAGAGAAGGACGGGUCCAGCUGCCCGUUACGGUCACACCAACACCAGUCUGUCCCUGAGACAGAAAUUAUUCCACAGUUUUGCGGAGCCUCCGGAGCCCAGGAACGCCCCAGUCGACAUCACACACACCCUGGCACCGCCAGAGCUGCUGGCUCACAAACUCAUGUGGAGUGUGGAGGCUGAGAAGGCUGAAAGCAGACGGAGCAUGGAGCAGCUUCAGCGGUGGGUGGACGGUGACGCCUUGGAUCCAUUGUCCACACCACUCUUCGUCCCCUCGUCCAUCCUGCUGUCCAUGCCCAAAACCAUCAAUCAACCCCGAACACGCAAAUCAAGAGAAAUCAGUAUAACACAGGAGUCUGAUGACCUGCUGGAACAAUCGGUGUGUCCCAAAAACACCCCAAAGACUCUGUCCCUGAAAUGGCAAAUGAAGGAACUGGAGCGGCAGAUUUUAGCAAGCCAAGAGGAAGAGCUAGCCUGUGGACUGGAGCUGAGCAGUCUGUUCAACAUCGUUAAUGAUUGACAGCUGUCUUUUU